AAAACUAUUUGACUCUAUACUCUCAGCCACGGGACCGGUUUCAAAACCUUCGUCAGCAGUCUCCACAAAAACCUUCUUCUCUGCUAAGAAACCGAAGUUCCUUAUAUAAGCGCAAACCCGCCAAACUCAAGUAGGAGAGAGAAAAAGAGAUCCAAUCACGAGACAAGACCCAGAAAAAGAUGAGAAUCACUGUAAUGACAGCUGAUGAGCACAUCAUAUCUCUAGAUGUCGAUUCCCAUGAAUCUGUUGAAAACGUGAAAGCUCUUCUUGAAGUGGAGACACAGGUGCCCCUGCAGCAGCAGCAGCUGCUUUAUAAUGGGAGGGAAAUAAGGAAUAAUGAGAAAUUGAGUGCACUGGGCGUUAAGGAUGACGAUUUAUUGAUGAUGGUCUCCAGUGCCACACAUAGUGCAACUGCAAAUGAUUUGAGCUUCAAUCCUGAUGGGUCUGCUGUGAAUCCUGAGGCUUUCCAACAACAUAUUCGGAGUGACUCUAAUUUGAUGUCUCAACUUUUUCAGACUGAUCCAGAACUUGCACAAGUUCUUCUUGGAAAUGAUCUCAACAAACUGCAGGACCUCUUCCGGCAACGUCAUCGCCAAAGAUCUGAAUUACGGCGUCAACAAGAAGAGGAACUAGCCCUUCUUGAUGCAGAUCCUUUUGAUGUUGAGGCGCAGAAGAAAAUUGAAGCUGCCAUUCGCCAGAAAGGAAUUGAUGAGAACUGGGCAGCUGCAGUGGAAUACAACCCUGAAGCUUUUGCUAGGGUGGUUAUGUUGUACGUUGACAUGGAAGUUAAUGGCGUGCCUUUAAAGGCCUUUGUUGAUAGUGGUGCUCAGUCCACAAUAAUAUCAAAAAGUUGUGCUGAGCGAUGUGGAUUGCUGAGGCUUUUGGAUCAGCGUUAUAAAGGCAUUGCUCGUGGAGUGGGUCAGUCUGAGAUAUUGGGUCGGAUACAUGUAGCUCCAAUAAAGAUUGGGAAUAUAUUUUACCCUUGCUCCUUCUUGGUGCUGGAUUCUCCCAACAUGGAAUUUCUUUUCGGGCUUGAUAUGCUUCGAAAGCACCAGUGCAUUAUUGAUUUGAAGGAGAAUGUUUUGAGAGUUGGAGGUGGGGAAGUUUCUGUACCAUUUUUGCAAGAAAAAGACAUUCCAUCUCAUAUUCUGGAUGAAGAGAGCCUAGCCAAAGAAGCAUCCAGCUCAGGAAACCCAUUGGCCUCAGGAGCAAUGGAGAAGAAGAAUAAUGUACCUGCAGGUCAAUCUUCUGGAGUUGCACGAGGCAAUAUUACACAGAGACCUGAAUUUGAAGCCAAGGUUGCAAAGCUUGUUGAGCUAGGCUUUGGAAGGGAUGCCGUAAUGCAAGCGCUUAAAUUAUUUGAUGGGAAUGAAGAGCAAGCUGCUGGAUUCCUUUUUGGUAGCUGAAGAAGACUCAUUUAUUAUUAUUAUUAUUAUUAUUAUUAUUAUUAUUAUUUUAAAUUUCUCAUUCAUUGUGGGAAUAAUAUUUUGAUUUAAUUUCAGUAAUUCAAUGACAGCUUCACAAAUUCAAGAAAA